GAAAAAACCCGAAGGAGGAGCAGGCGCGAGGAGAGUGAGGCUGAGAGUUGGAGGCGAGCUAGGCCGCCGCCGCCGCUUCGAUCGACUCGGAUCGACUCGCCGCCACCGCUCGCGUUCGCUAUGAUGGGCUCUUCUUCAUCUUGGUCUGCCCAAACCUUUGGGUCCUCUUCAUCUUGUGUUGGCGCAGGCUUUGGGCAAACCGUGGGCUCCGUCUCCUCCACUCCAUGGGCUACCUUCCCUUGGCCUUCUCCAACCUUUAUGGUGUCACAUACACCUCCUUCAGGGUCCCCAUGCUGUAAUUUUAUGGGGGUAUCUGAACAGGGCAGCAGGGUAUGUGCUUAUGCGCCAACCGCUGUUGAUGGUCCUUCUAAUUUUUAUCAGAUUCAAUCGAUUUCGGCAAUGCUGGUAAACUGCAACAAGUCUCAUGAAGAGCUUCGACACGAAGAUUAUGAGAGAGGGGACAGAGGAGGUGACAGUCUGCAGAAAAGCAUUAAUCCAACUCCUAUAUUUCCUGUGUUCUCAUCACCAUCAUUUGGUUUAUCCUGUUCAAGUACACCAGCAUUUCACUUUGAGGCCCACGACUCAUCUCAUUGCUCCAUUUCAGGUACUGUUUCACCAUCAUUUGCACGUGCACGUCCAUUUCCAGAGUCCACUGAGCACCCCCCUGCAGAAUUACUGCCCUCAACACGAGGCUCCACCUUCAGUUCCCACCCAUUCUGCGCCGUUCGAGAAAAAAAAAGUUCCAACCCAUUCUGGCUCCCAUCUGCUCAGUCAUCAUUUUCAUCUGGAGAUUUGCAAUCCUUAACACAAGGUCAUAGUUCUUACACUCCUGGACUGCCAUUUUAUCAUUACCUGCCCUCAAAGCUAGCAUCCAUGGGAAUAACACCACCUCUAUCACACACUGAGUUUCUAAAGAAUCCCUCCACCUAUUGUCCUAGCUCAUACCAGUCACCUUUUACUGCACAAGUAGGAGGUGCACAUUCAGCUUCAGCAUCAACACAAUCUAUGACCACUGCAACAUUACCGUGCCCCCAUUUUGCAACCUCCACGUCUGUACCUACUAUGUGUCGGGACAAUAUAUUCAGCAACUCAGCAGGUGCAUUAAAUACAGAUUUAGCAGAAGCAACUUCUACUCAGCAGGGUACAUUCGGUCAAAACUUCCCCACAACAUAUACUCAGCCUGGAAAAACUCCAUUGAUUGGUUCUUCAAUUGCCCAUUCAAAACCAGCUCUAUCUUCAGAUGCUCAUUGUACUAGCGUCAAUCUUGAUUAUCCCAAUAAUACUUUAGAGUUGCAUCUUCCGGUCAAUGUCAGAUUAUUACGCAUUCAUUUUUCGUCAAGCAAUGAUGGCGCUGGAAUUUCACAGGUUCAUUCUGGUCAUGUUGCUAAAUCUACAGAAGCACCUAUUUCUCUAUCUAUCUAUCCUGGGGAGAAUCAUGAGCUGAUUAUCCAAUCGGUUGCGAGACCUGCUAAGGAUCAAAUGGGCAAACAGUCUAGUUCAACGGGUGGAUCUGAUCCCAGCAAAGUUCACAAUAGCAUUGGUCGUCCACCAUCCAAAUCUGCUGGGAAUCAGGAGGGGAGCAACGGUGAUGCCCACUCGAUCCAGAAAUCAUUAGCUGCACCAGAACGUCAAGUGAUCACCAGGAGUGUGCUGCCUCGGCUCUACAAUGCAGAUUACUACACUGUGCCGUCAAUUGUGGAACUUGCCGUGAACGAGAGCGAAGAGCCAGGUUACUGCUCCCGAGUGCCGCACUUCACUGUAGGCAGGCAUGGCUAUGGCAGCGUCAGGUUUGAUGGGGAGACUGAUGUGCGGAAGCUCGAUAUCGCAUCAAUUGUGGAGUUUAACAACCGUGAGAUCCUUGUAUACAGAGAUGAGAGCAACACGCCACCUGUUGGGCAGGGAUUGAACAAACCUGCAGAGGUCACUCUCCUGAACGUGAAGUGCAUCGACCAGAAGACUGGGUUGCAGUUCACAGGGGGCCCGACGGUCGACAGGUACAAGGAGACCCUGGUUCAGUGGACCAAGGAGCACGACGCCGAGUUCGUGUCCUUUGACCCGAUGAAGGGGGAGUGGAAGUUCAAGGUCAAGAAUUUCAGCCAGUAGGGUGCAUGCAGCUUAAGAUCCUAGUCUGUACAGUAGGCUCUCACCCCUUCUGGUUUCUCAGAAAUAGCUAUGCACUCAUGCACUCUAGGCAGGCGUGUUAGCAUUAACUGCUGAGGCAAAAUACUUAGAAACAGUGAAAUCAACUUGGGAAUAUUGAACUCCAAUGUACGGUUGACGCAGGGUCCAGCUCUGGUGACAUUUUAGUUUCGUGCCGUGGUUUUGUUGCGUGUAUUAGGUGUGCAGAUUGCUGCUUUAGACUUUAGAAGCUGUGGAAUUGCAAAUAUGCGGAUUUAGAUGA